AUGCUCUCCCUGCCGUCAAGCAAAAAACGGAAAGUAUCUAGAACCUGCCCAGCACCGGUUGAGCCACCCAAGUGGUUCGGGCCCACCGGUCCUAUCUGCGAGGAUUUCCCUGAAGAGGAGGACCUGAUCCUGACCAGAAAACUGGCUAAAACUUUGCAAUCAUAUGACAUAUAUGAGAGCAAACAGGAGCUUAAGCACAGAGAAGCAGUUUUGAAAAAACUGGAGACACUCUAUAAGGAAUGGCUCCAAGAAAUGUGUGAUCAGAUGAAUGUGCCUGAAGUGGUUAAAGCCAAAGUUGGAGGCAAGGUCUUACCAUUUGGCUCUUAUCAUCUGGGAGUCGACUCCAAAGGUGCUGAUAUUGAUGCUCUCUGUGUCGGACCUGGAUUUCUUGACAGAAAAGACUUUUUCACUUCCUUCUUUGAGAAGCUUAAAGCCCAGGAGGAGGUCAAGGACAUACGGGCCAUUGAACAGACGUACGUUCCUGUCAUCAAACUGACCUAUGAAGGCAUUGAGAUGGACUUAGUCUUCGGCCGGCUGGCACAGAGGAGCGUUCCUGAAAAACUCAACCUUCUCGAUGACAGAUAUGUGUUGGGCCUUGAUAAGCGCUGCAUCAGGAGUCUCAAUGGUUACAGAGUUACAGAAGAGAUCCUGCAGCAUGUGCCCAAUGUCCAUAACUUCAGAAUUGCUUUGAGAGUCAUCAAGCUUUGGGCCAAACAGCGCAACAUUUACUCCAACUUGCUGGGCUUCUUGGGUGGUGUGUCAUGGGCUAUUUUGGUGGCCAGAAUUUGCCAGAUGUACCCGAAUGCCACACCGGCCACUCUGGUAAUCAAGUUCUUCAAGGUCUACUCCACGUGGGUUUGGCCUUUCCCAGUUCACUUGCAUCGAGUCAAGAACCGCUUGGACCCCAAUAUGUGGAAUCCCAAUGUGAAUCCAAGCGACCGCUGCCACCAAAUGGCCAUCAUCACCCCUGCUUACCCUCAGCAGAACACCUCGGUCAACGUGUCUCGCUCCACGUUAGCUGUUCUAACCAAGGAGAUCAAAAGAGGCCAUGCCAUUGCUCAAAAAAUACAGCAGAAGGAAGCAAACUGGUCCAAACUCUUUGAAAAACAGGACUUUUUUGACAAGUACCAGCAUUACGUUGUGCUGGAAGCAUCGUACACAACAGAGAAGCAGCGUCUUGAAUGGCUCGGCCUGGUGGAGUCCAGAGUCCGGUUGCUGGUGGGACUUCUGGAGAUAAACAGGCAGAUCUCCAUGGCACACGUUUAUGUGAAGUCCUUGGCUGGACACAGCAAGGGCAACAAAAAAGACGAAAAGAGCAGAAUGUGGCUGGUGGGGCUCGACUUUAAAGAGGAGGUUUCUGCAUACCUUAAAGACCAGUUGUCCUGCAUCCUCUGCAACUUCACUGCUAUUAUCCACAACGUAGCAGAGAAGGCUAAGGUCCAGGAGAAGGGGGUGUCUGUAACAGCCGCAUACAUCACGAGGAAAGAUCUUUUUUACACUCUGAACCUGAAGCGUGGUUCAAACCCGGCAACAGCACCACCUAGUUACAUGCCGACUGUGACCACAGGACAACAGGGCAUGAAAAGAAAAGCUGAGCCUCAGCGUCAGAUGUCAGCGAAGAAGCUCAAAGCUGACAAGGGAGGGGGAGAGGGUGACUUCCACUCCUUGAGAAUGAGUCUUUUGGCCACGGUCAUGCCGAGCAACAGCGACUGCUGCGUUGUAGUGGGGAGUCUCUGGGAGGUCUGGUCUGGGGUCUGGGGCUCCCCUAUAGUUGUGGCCCCUCGUACUCCUGCCGUGUGCACUCUGUGUGGGGCAGCGGCUCAGGGCACGGCCCCCUGUCUUCCUGCUGGGCCUCCAUCUGCUGUGGAGGUGGUUAGGUCCCCGGAUUGA